AUACAAGGGCAUAGCUUAAAGCCCAUUUCUCUGCAAAGAAAACAGUAAGACGCGUAUUUAGAGUCUAAAAAUCCACAUGGGUUUCUGCUCAGUUCCCUGUACGAUACCCUGAGCAGGAAUACGAUUAUUAUUAGAAUAAAGUAAUUAUAAUACUAGUGGAUAAAGAAUACCUACUGUUGUUGUUGAUCAACCAAAUUAAAGUUGCUUCUAAUUCGUCUCAGAGCACAAGACAGACAAAACCAAAACAAAACGACAUUAUGGAUUUGAUACUGACUUCAAUGCUCGAAAAGUGUUGGUUGCCUUAAUGGAUUGAAUGAGUGAAGAGCAAAUGGAUUUCGAAGAUGAGGAUUAUGGAGGACCGCAAAAGCUCCAGGAUCAGGGUAGUAGUGGAGCUAUAUCUGCUCUUGCAGAUGAAGAACCAAUGGGAGAAGAUGAUGAAUACGAUGAUCUCUAUAAUGAUGUUAACAUUGGAGAUGGUUUCAUGCAGUUGCACCGGUCUGAGGCACCACUUCCUCCUGGUGGUGUCAGCAAUGGAGGGCUCCAAGCUCAGAAAACUAAUAUUCCCGUACCAAGAGACGAAACUGGGGUCUCUCGAGAACUGAAUAUUCCAGGUGUUUCAGCAGAUGGAAAAUAUUCUAGUGCAAGUUCUCAAUUUCCUGGCCAGAAGGAGGGACUUGCAGUUGAUAAUAAAUCAAAAGUUGGAUUUUCAGAAAAGGGAAGAAUUAUGGAGAUGACUAAUGAUGCUCAAGUCAGACAAAUGGGUUUUCAAAGAUCUUUGAUGCCACAUGGUACAGGAGUUGAUUCAUCUGUUAUUCCUGUAAAAGUUGCAAAUGAGCAUGUAUUGUCACUGAAUUCUGAAAGCAUUGUUACUAGAGGGGGUCCUCCGAUGCUUGCUAAUCAAACCAAUGUGGAUGCAAGUGUUAACCGGUCUGUGGUUAAUGAAAAUCUGAUAAGGCCACCAAUAGAGAAUGGUUCAGCUAUGCUGUUUGUUGGAGAACUGCAUUGGUGGACAACUGAUGCUGAACUUGAAAAUGUUUUAUCUCAAUAUGGAAGAGUCAAGGAAAUUAAGUUUUUUGAUGAAAGAGCCAGCGGUAAAUCAAAAGGAUAUUGUCAAGUUGAGUUUUAUGAUUCAUCAGCAGCUACUGCAUGCAAGGAAGGAAUGCACGGUCACUUUUUCAAUGGGAGAGCUUGUGUUGUGGCAUUUGCUACUUCACAAACACUUAAGCAGAUGGGAGCUGCUUAUGCAAGCAAGAAUCAAGCCCAGAAUCAGUCUCAACCACCCCAGGGAAGAAGGCCUGUCAAUGAUGGUGUUGGAAGAGGAGGCAAUCAGAGCCAUCAAAGUGGAGAUACUGGUGGGAGGAAUUUUGGAAGGGGUGGAUGGGGACGAGGUGGGCAAGGAAUAAACAGAGGGGGUGGAGGGUCAAUGAGGGGAAGGGGAGGGGCAAUGAGUGCUAAGAACAUGGUUGGGAGCAAUGCUGGAAUUGGAGGUAAUGCUGGUGGAGCAGGUGGAUAUGGGCAGGGUCUUGGAGGACAUGCAUUUGGUGGUCCUGCUGGUGGGAUGAUGAAUCCACAGGGCAUGAUGGGUUCUGGGUUUGAUCCGUCAUAUAUGGGUAGAGGAGGUGGUUAUGGAGGAUUUCCAGGACCUGCUUUCCCUGGAAUGCUUUCUUCAUUUCCAGCAGUUAAUGCAAUGGGACUAGCUGCGGUGGCUCCACAUGUAAACCCAGCCUUCUUUGGCAGGGGUAUGGCAAAUAAUGGAAUGGGUAUGAUGGGUACUCAUUUCAUGGAUGGGCAUCAUGCAGGGAUGUGGAAUGACACAAGCAUGGGUGGAUGGGGAGGAGAUGAACAAGGUCGAAGGACCAGGGAAUCAAGCUAUGGUGGUGAGGAUGGUGCUUCUGAGUAUGGGUAUGGAGAAGCAAACAAUGAAAAAGGAGUAAGAUCAAGUGUUGCUUCCAGGGAAAGAGAAAGAGGAUCUGACCGUGACCGGUUAGGGAACUCUGAGCGGAGGCAUCAUGAAGAAAGAGACCAGGACUGGAACAAAUCUGAAAAGGAGCAGCGGGAGCAUGGAUACAGGGAAGAAAAAGAUGGGCACAGCCGAGAUCAUCGUCAAAGAGAGCGUGACUUGGAUAAUGAGGAUGAUUGGGACAGAGGGCAAUCUUCAUCUAGACCUCGGAGCAGGUCCAGAGUGAUGCCUGAAGAUCAUCAACGCCCUCGCUCAAGAGAUGUUGAUUAUGGAAAGAGGAGACGUAUGCCAUCCGAGUAAUUUGAUCUCACCACCCAACCUUCAUCAGCAUGUUUUCGUAAGCUCACAGCAUCUAUGCCCUGGACUUUGAACUGUCAAUCCUUGGAUAUCUAUGUGCAUCUACAUCACUUUCUCUGGAUCUUGAUGGCUCCAUGACCAAUAUGUGGCUUAGAAGUAAGUUUUACUUUGGUGGACAGGAUGGAAAGAUGUUUUUUUAUCAAAUACUUUCCUACAGCUAAAUGGAUUAGGUAUUACUCGUAUUGUGAGGUAAAAACAAUUAGUAAGUUUUAGUAACAUAUAAAUGAGGAUAAAGUUUGUGGGGUUUGAUUCCUAAUGCCCUGCAGCUGGUUAUCCCGUUUAUUCAAUAGCUGUUUUACCCUUUCCUCCCUUCAAGACAAUUGCUUCGUUGGCUUGUGAUAUUAACUCUAAAAACUUAUUAUGUUUAAUAUACUAUGGGAGGUCAUUUGUUUUC